UCUUUCGUCCAGAAUUGGCGCUACUCUGCCGCCGGAAACAUUUCUUUAAACGAAAAUGGAAGACGAUGUUGACAGCAAACCCCAUGGCCUCGAUCGCUCACGCUUCGAAGCUCGCGUUGCUCCGCCAGAGGCAGCAGAACGACGCCGUUGGACUGAACACUCGCUUUACUGCUUACAAGUCGUUUGUCCUCUCGCAGAAUUCAGUGAGGUUGAGUAAGAAGUGCAGAAGCUAUUCACAGACGAAGCGCUCCGGUUUCGGAGUUCCACACGCCGCCGCGGAGGUUGUGGACGACCGGGUUGUGGAGAAGGAAGAGGACUCGAAGGAGAAAGACAGGGUUCUUAGAGUUGGUGUCGUUUGCGGAGGCCCGUCCGCGGAGCGUGGAAUUUCGCUUAACUCUGCGAGAUCGGUUCUUGAUCAUAUACAGGGAGAUGAUUUGCGUGUGAGUUGCUAUUACAUUGACUGCAAUCUCAAUGCCUAUGCAAUAUCCCCUGCUCAGGCAUACUCAAACACUCCUGCAGAUUUUGAUUUUAAACUUGAAAACCUUGCCCAAGGUUUCCAGUCUUUGUCUGAAUUUGCAGAACAUCUUGCUGCUUCUGUAGACAUAGUGUUCCCAGUUAUACAUGGUAAAUUUGGUGAAGAUGGUGGCAUUCAGGAGCUCUUGGAGGAAUAUAAUAUUCCAUUUGUUGGCACAGGAUCAAAUGAGUGUCUUCAAGCAUUUGACAAGUAUGAUGCAUCUAUGGAGCUCAGCAAACUGGGAUUCAUAACAGCACCUAGUUUUUUAGUGCAGGGAAGUGAAAGGAAUGAACCUGAACUAUCAAAGUGGUUUGCUAGAAAUCAGCUGGACCCUUACUCAGGGAAAGUUGUGGUAAAACCAGCAAGAGCUGGAUCAAGCAUUGGUGUCAAAGUUGCAUAUGGUGUGCAAGAUUCUUUGACGAAAGCUAAUGAAAUUAUUUCAGAGGGUAUUGAUGAUAGAGUCCUUAUUGAAUUAUUUCUCGAAGGAGGGAGUGAGUUUACAGCUAUUGUUCUUGAUGUGGGAUCUGGUUUGGAUUGCCAUCCUGUUGUACUACUGCCAACUGAGGUGGAGCUUCAAUUCCAUGGCAGUGGUGAUGCAAGAGAGAAUGAUGCAAUUUUUAAUUACCGAAGAAAGUAUCUUCCAACACAGCAGGUUGUUUAUCACACUCCACCUCGUUUUCCAAUAGAUGUAAUAGAAGUUAUCCGAGAAGGAGCAUCUUUGUUAUUCCAAAGGCUUGGCCUAUGUGAUUUUGCUCGAAUUGAUGGAUGGUAUUUGCCUAAUUCUGUUAAUAUGUUGUCAUUUUCCAAAAGCAAAUUUGGAAGGACUGAAUCGGGUAACAUAUUAUUUACUGAUAUCAACCUGAUCAGCGGAAUGGAGCAGACCAGCUUUUUAUUUCAGCAAGCUUCAAAGGUUGGAUUUUCUCAUUCAAACAUUCUUCGGAGCAUUAUUUUCCAUGCUUGCUUGCGAUUUCCCAAUCUUGCUUCAUUCAGUAGUGGAUCAAGGCAUUUGCCUAGAAGAUCAAAGUCCUCUCAGAUUAGAGAAGUAAUUUCCAAUGAGGAAAGCACCCGCAAAGUUUCUGUCAUUUUUGGAGGGGACACAUCUGAGCGGCAAGUAUCUCUUAUGAGUGGAACAAAUGUUUGGCUCAAUUUGCAAGCUUUUGAUGAUCUUGAAGUAACUCCAUGUUUGCUUGCUCCCACAAGUGAAUAUUCCUCUAGUGUGGAUUCAGACAAUAAGGAAAAUGAUGUGAGCUCCAGAACAGUUUGGUCAUUACCCUAUUCUCUUGUGCUAAGACACACAACAGAAGAAGUGAUUGCUGCAUGCAUAGAGGCAAUUGAACCAACUCGGGCUGCACUGACAUCUCAGUUACGGAACAUAGUGAUGAAUGAUCUCAUGGAAGGUCUGGCAAAACACAGUUGGUUCACAGGGUUUGAUAUUGCUGAUGAACCACCUAUGAGAUUUUCUUUGGAGCAAUGGAUCAAGCAAGCCAAGGAAGUUCAGGCAACAGUUUUUAUUGCAGUGCAUGGAGGCAUUGGUGAAGAUGGUACACUUCAGGCUAUGUUGGAAGCUGAAGGAGUUUCUUAUACAGGCCCUGGAAUGAUUCCUUCAAAGACCUGUAUGGACAAAGUUGCAACAUCUCUUGCUCUUAACCAUCUUGCAACCUUGGGAGUUCUUACCAUAAACAAAGAUGUGCGGAGAAAAGAGGAUCUCCUGAACAUGCCCAUACUAGAUGUAUGGCAUGAUUUGACCGCAAAGCUUCGGUGUGAAACAUUAUGUGUUAAACCAGCAAGAGAUGGAUGUUCAACUGGGGUUGCAAGAUUAUGCUGUGCCAAGGACCUUGAAGUGUAUGUGAAAGCAUUGGAGGACUGCCUUCUAAGGAUUCCUUCAAAUAGUUUGUCAAAGGCACAUGGAGUGAUUGAGAUGCCAAACCCUCCUCCAAAUCUAUUAAUCUUUGAACCUUUUAUUGAGACUGAUGAGAUAAUUGUUUCAUCCAAUUCCACAAAUGAAAAUGGACAUCGCCUUAUGUGGAAAGGAUGCAGUAGAUGGGUGGAAAUAACUGUUGGUGUUAUAGGAAAGCGUGGAUCCAUGCACUCAUUGAGUCCUAGUGUUACUGUCAAGGAGACUGGUGAUAUCUUGUCACUAGAGGAGAAAUUCCAAGGUGGGACUGGCAUCAAUCUGACUCCACCCCCGUUAUCAAUUAUCAGUAAAGAGGCCUUGGAGAGAUGUAAAGAACAUAUUGAACUCAUUGCAAACACUCUGCAACUAGAAGGAUUUUCUCGGAUUGAUGCAUUUGUCAAUGUUGACAGCGGAGAGGUGUUGAUCAUAGAGGUCAAUACAGUGCCUGGAAUGACACCUUCCACUGUUCUGAUUCAUCAGGCACUUGCAGAGCAGCCACCCAUGUAUCCUCGCCAGUUCUUCCGUUUGCUGCUUGAUUUGGCGUUAGAGAGAUCCACGUGACACUCUUGCGUUUGAUUUUUCUACAAGAAGUUUAUUUUUGUAAUUAAACGUGUGAUUAAGAAAACAACCGUCUCUAUGGUCGGCUUUGAGAUAAAAGUGUGAUAAAGGGUAAUGCAACUUUUACUAUAAAUCCAUAUGUCACACUUCAGUCAUUAAAUAAUUAAAUUUACUUAUCAAAUUUUGUUGCUUA